AUGCAAGCGGACGGCAUACCCGUUAAGUUUGACCCCAACUACGCCACCCCCGUCAGGGGAGCCGAGCUCCCCGCCAUCCUCGUAUCGUCCGACGAUGUUGGAUUCUACGGCGAUCUCAAGUUCCUUGUAGACCACUCCCCUCCUUUCCACGACAUGGUCUUUGUGGUCGAAGGUUGCGGUGGCAAGGAGGUAGUGGAUGAUGGCAAGCCGCGCGUCCUCACCUUCCUUUGCUCGGCGCUGGCUCUCAAGUUUAUCCUCGAAGCAAUGUCGUAUGCCGUCGUCAACACGCCCAUUGUGACACCCCAAGAAAACGAGACCCGCCGCCCGACUGUCACCCUCGCCCACAAGUCUCUUCCCUGCCUCAAAAAGACCGAUAAGACGACGAUAGAAGAGAUUCUCGACUUCUCCAAGAUGUAUGAACUGGACGACUUUGUCCACCUCACGCUGUACGACUCGAUGAAGAAGAGCGGCCACUUCCCCCCGGCUGUCAUGCUGGCCGUCACUGCCUGGACCCACCACGGCAACUCCAACUACUGGGGUACCCAACUUAUCACCGCCGGUGGCCUCCAAGCGAUGGACGAGUGGUCGACCAAGAUAAUCAAGUACCACGCCCCCGACAUCCUCGAGGGCCUCACCACGCUCUUCCAGCGCUGGGAGGAAGGCUACAGCAAGUUCAAGGAGUCGAGUGUGCGAGUCCCCAUCGACGGCUACGACGGCUUCCACAAAGUGUGCCUCGUCAACAGGUGCAAGGCGUUUAAAGACUACAAAGGCAACUUCCAACUCCUCCAGACGACUACUCGCGAGAUGAUGUGGGCGUAUGCGUUCCGCAGCCCCAUGUUGAUGCACCCCUCCAAGGUUGCCAAGUAUUGCAUGGACACCAUCGGCUGUGACGUCUGUGUGGAGCGCAUUGCGGGCGCCAUCAGCUGGGCCUGGAAGCACUCGACGAAAAAGCAGACCUGGACCAUGAAUCCCCGCAAGCGUACCCCCAAGCGUGGCGGCAAGUCCAUCACCAAGCCCAAAAAGAAGAAGGCCAACAACGGUGCAGCUGCAGCUGCAGCUACAGCAGCCCCCUAG